UUCCAUUCUUUUUCAGCUGUUGAGUGCCUGUACAGUCGCCAAUGCACGGAUUUUUUUUUUCUUCGUGAACCUCUAAUACUGAUGGAUUAUUUAGGGUUUGUGGUUUCGUAAAUGGAAUCAAAUCCUCAGUUUAAAUUUGGAGAAAAUAAUAAGAACGGGUUAGUGCUCUUCUUUGAAAAGGGACUUAAAUUAAGUGCAUUGUACAUUUAUAUGCCCCAACUAGAAUGUCAAAGUUUUACAUGUUUCAAAUUCAAGUAGCAUGGUUGCUCAUGAAAAAGAAAAAAAAGGUUAUUUUACAUGAUUCAAAUUCAACUCGCAUGGUUUCUCAUGAAAGGAAAAAAGUUAUUUUACAUGAUUCAAAUUCAAGCGGCAUGUCACAUCCCAUUCGAGUUCUAAUGAAGUCUCUGUUCAAACGUCCCCCUCGCAACCGUCUCGCCGCCACUCGCCGGAGCAGUCGCCCCGUCCACACACAGCCGCCCCCGCACCCUUCCCUCGCCAUCUUCUCCCGCCUCUGCGUCGAGGGGCCGUUCCCCGCCGCGCUCGCGCUGCUCCCUGACCUCGCCGCGGCAGGCCUCCGUGCGGACCCCGUCUCCCUCACCCGCCUCGUCAAGCUCUGCGUGCGCCACGGCACGGCAGGCGACGGCCGGCUCAUCCACCGCCACGUCGAGGCCCACGGACAGCUGUCUCACUACAGCGGUGGCGCCGGCGGCGGCAUCUUCGUCUCCAACUCGCUCGUCUCGAUGUACGCCAAGUUCGGCCUGCUCGACGACGCGCUCAGGCUGUUCGACAGAAUGCCGGAGAGGAACGUCGUCACCUGGACGACUGUCGUCGCGGCGCUGGCAAACGCAGACGGGAGGAAGGAGGAGGCACUCAGGUUCCUGGUGGCCAUGUGGAGGGACGGGGUGGCGCCCAACGCUUACACGUUCUCGAGUGUCCUGGGUGCGUGUGGCACGCCGGGGGUGCUUGCGGCCUUGCACGCGAGCACGGUCAAGGUAGGGUUGGACUCGGAUGUGUUCGUGCGGAGCUCAUUGAUCGACGCGUACAUGAAGCUUGGGGAUUUGGACGGUGGGCGGCGUGUGUUUGACGAGAUGGUGACCAGAGAUUUGGUCGUUUGGAAUUCAAUAAUUGCGGGUUUCGCACAGAGUGGAGAUGGGGUUGGGGCGAUAGAGCUGUUCAUGAGGAUGAAGGAUGCUGGGUUCUCAGCUAACCAGGGUACCUUGACGAGCGUCCUGCGGGCGUGUACCGGGAUGGUCAUGCUUGAAGCGGGGAGGCAGGUUCAUGCUCAUGUGCUCAAGUAUGAGAGGGACUUGAUCCUUCACAAUGCGCUUCUAGACAUGUACUGCAAGUGCGGGAGCUUGGAGGAUGCAGAGGCCUUGUUCCACAGGAUGCCACAGAGGGAUGUAAUCUCAUGGAGCACCAUGAUAUCUGGUUUGGCGCAGAACGGGAAAAGCGCUGAGGCAUUGAGGGUUUUUGAUUUGAUGAAAUCUGAAGGAGUGGCACCAAACCGCAUAACGAUGGUUGGAGUACUCUUUGCCUGCAGCCAUGCUGGUCUAGUGGAAGAUGGCUGGUACUACUUUAGGUCCAUGAAGAAGCUCUUUGGCAUUCAACCUGAGAGAGAACACCACAACUGCAUGGUUGAUCUCCUUGGUCGAGCCGGGAAGCUCGAUGAGGCUGUGGAAUUCAUCCGUGAUAUGAACCUUGAGCCAGAUGCAGUCAUUUGGAGAACUCUCCUAGGUGCUUGCAGGAUGCAUAAAAGUGGCAAUCUCGCAGCAUAUGCAGCCAGAGAAAUACUUAAACUGGAGCCUGACGACCAAGGUGCUCGUGUACUGUUGUCAAACACAUAUGCGGAUCUGAGGCAAUGGACAGAUGCUGAGAAGUCAUGGAAAGCGAUGAGGGACCGAGGUAUGAAGAAAGAACCAGGGCGAAGCUGGAUUGAGCUGGAAAAACAUGUCCAUGUGUUCAUUGCUGGGGACUUAUCACACCCAUGCUCUGACACCAUAGUUCAGGAGCUGAACCGGUUGAUCGGAAGGAUCAGCGCUCUUGGUUAUGUUCCACAGACAGAAUUUGUGCUGCAGGACCUCGCAAUCGAGCAGAAGGAAGAUCUGCUGAAAUAUCACAGUGAGAAGAUGGCAAUCGCAUUUGGAACAAUGCAUGCGGUAGGUGGGAAGCCUAUCAGAAUCAUGAAGAACCUGAGGAUCUGUGGUGACUGCCACGCAUUUGCGAAGCUUGUCUCCAAGAGCGAAGGCAGGAUGAUCAUCAUCAGGGACCCUGUUCGGUUCCACCAUUUCCAGGAUGGAGCUUGCUCCUGUGGUGACUACUGGUAGCCAGGUACUGUAUGUUGUAUUGUUGUUCUGUUCCAGAUUGGCCUCAUGUGAUGAGGUUGUGGUUAUUGGUGACACAAGACAACCACAUCUUUGCAAGCAUUCUUUGAUCCUUAUUAUGGAAGUAGAUACAGAAAUGUCCUCUCUGUUCACUAAUGGCCAGAAUUAUCUAGAUGCUGUUUAUUGAAAGAAGAGCUAGAAAAGAAUGUUGUCUUCUAGUCAAAAAGAACAAAGGAAAAAGAAGAUUAAUUAGUAAAAAAAAAGGUAAGUAAAGGGAGCAAACAGAAGUCAUGGCC